AUGACGUCUUCCGUUGCUACUAACACCUUUUUCUUUUCCCCUCAGCCGCCUGCAGCCUUGCCUGAAGAUGAUGUUGUUGCCAUCGUUGCAGCCAUUCAACAGGCGCUUGCUGGUGCUGUCAAUCAAGGAACCAAUGCUAGUUUGAGCAUUCAAGUCCAUCCAAACCGUUUUCUUUCCAAUGGAGGCCUUACAUUCCUGGAUGGACUUGAAGGCACAAUCGCAUCGCAGUCCAUGCAGCACUUGGAGCUGGUUUCGGAUCAAGGAGGUCGCCAUGUUCUUGUCCAUUUUGUCGGUGGUGGCACUCUUUUUGCUGUUGCUCACAACGUUGAAGAUGAUGUUGAAGAUGACGUUGAAGACAACGAGGCUCCUCCAGCCGAAGAAGAAGACGCCACUGACAACGAAGGCAACGAAGACGAGCCGGAUGACAACAGCAGCAGCGGAAGUAGCACUCGUUUCGAACCGGGCAACGAUUCAGACACUUCUUCCGAUUUUGAUGGUGCUUUCCACGGUCUUAGCCAACUCACAAUCUAG